UCAGCGAUUUACGGUGCGACGUUUGUGUUUCCGCAUAGCUCGCGAUCCAUAUCGUAUCGCUCGCUUCCACGGGAUCUAUUCCGUUUAGGUCUCCGUAUCUGGAUCACAGUUGGAUCUAGCAUUAGAUGGUAGCAGAGCCGACAGCGGUUCUCUGAAUUUGAUUUGAUUUGUGUCAGGCAAAGUUGACCUGGUAUCUGAUGUGAAACCCGACCAGUAAGGCACAGGUCUGAACCACAGCAAAGCGCAACACCACAAGCGGUGCAAGUUCCUCAUCUGACGUGGAUUUCCAGCCUUGUUUUCGGUGCAGCGUCUUCAGCGAAGACCUGUACUGUUGCAGGGACUGUGCAAGAGUGCAAGAGUUCAGUCGCCAGUGUUCCUCGGUGUAGAGUCUUCAGCGAAGACCUACACUGGUGUCACUGGUACUCGGCAAGGAUUCAGCGAAUCCUAAGCCGUGGGGCAGAAGCGCCGAAACGCCGAAAGGGGCGCACGGAAAAGACAGAUCAGACUCCUCCAAACUGGAGUAGAGCGUAACUACUGUUGCUACGGCAGUCAGCCGGCACAGUAACCGACCAAAAAGCGUGCGGCACAACCGUUACGGUAAAACCGGCGGCAGCGCGGGAACGGACAGUGGAAGAAGAAUCUGGAUCAUUUGGAUCGAUUCUCGUGGAACGGACGAGGAAACAGAUAGAAAACCCGUUAUUAAUUACGGGAUUGGUUAGAUGAUUGAAGAGAAAGAUGGCACAAAAAGGUCAAGCCCCUUCUAAACGUUCGGGAAUGGCGGCAGACAUCGAUCAGUUUACGGGCUAUAAUCCAAAGUGUCCGGACUGCUUAAGGAACAACAAAAAGGUUGAUAAGAAAUUCCCUUGCUACACUUGUAUUCACAAGCUGGAAGACCCACAUACCGUCACGCUUGUUGGGAUUAUGGAAGCCAAACGUGGGAACUUGGACGUUUUUCGAAAUCUCAUAAGCGCAAGAAAUUACGGCAGCAUCCCAGUAGAAGAGCGAAUGCUAUUCGAAGAUCGUUAUCGAGAAGCGAUCCGAAACAACGAACCUGGCUGGGAUGACACCUUGGAGCCGUUGAAGUGUCCACAGACAGACGCGUAUCGGAAGAAAUUUGAAGAAGACCAAGCGAAGAUGCGAGCUCAGCAGAUGGAAGACGAAAUCCGCGCGAAAAUUAAUGCGGAAAAUAAGAGAGCAAGUGAACAGGCUGCACGAGAGGGGCUGCCCAGCACAUCGAGUUUAGUUGCACCUACGGGCAUGGCCAGCCUUAACGAAGACGAAAUGCAACUUGUACGACAAUCACUUAUCAUACAAAUUGAAACGAUAACGAAAGAUCCAGCUGCCAUGUCAGACGAGAUAUUCAAAAUGCUGUUGCGGGAGAAGAAACGACUUCAAGACGGGUUCGCGCCGGCACCCUACAUAAAGAAGGAAGUCGAAAGACGUAUGGAUGACCUACGUAAAUCUCGCCGAACUGAAAGCGAUGUGCUGCAGGCAUUCAGGAAUUUUAAACGGGACGAAGGCUUUAUACGACCACGUUCGCCCCCGCAUAGAGAAAGGUCACGCGGACAUUCACGAGAAUAUGAGCGAACUUCUGAACGACAGAGGGAAAGGUCACGCGAACACUCUCGUGAGAGGACACGUGACUACCGCAACGAAAGAUCACGCGAACGCUCUCAUGACAGAGAUUACCGUGGCGGAAGAGGAUGGGUGCGCCACGGAGACGAAGUUACAGAAACGAGUAUUCAAAGGAAAAUCGAUACGGCAAAGAUCUUGGCAACCACAAGAGGACGUGAAGAAAAACGGCGUGCGGAGACGUUCCGUACAGAGCCUGAAAAACAAGGGCAUCAGGUGCCGAUGGGAGUUGCAUUCCGGAAUCGCAACGUCAGGAUGUCAACACCCGAAAGGUCAUGGGAUAAAAGACGUGAACAUACGCGAAAUCGAACGCCUGACCCACAGGAUAAGAGAUGGCAACAGAGAGCCGCAUUUUAUGCGACCUUUGACUCGGGCGCAAGUAAAAGGUCAUCAAGCACUGAACGGGAAGAUUCACCCCCAAAGUAUCAGCGGGUGGAGUCAGUGGUUCACGUUGUGGAUCCAAUUGUGAGCGCCGUACAAGAAGAUGACGCGAUGGAAGGCACUGGCUCAGUUGUCGAAACCACGUCUCAAGAGAAUGUGACCCAUCGACGAAAUGUAAUUCUGGAUAGUGACCUUCAACCGGAACAACCGGCGAGUAACGAACCGUCGCAGCCUGAGUCAGGAGAACAACGUGAACUGGAAGGUCAACGAGAACCGGAUAAUUAUCGCCAGGGUGAUCAGCGACAGAACUCCAGAUUUGACAACCGACGUCCUGAAAGUAUUGAUAUGGAAUACAACACGACUGAUAUCGAUGAGCAAACGGUCGAAAUUUGUCGAUACUUUGGUAUUGAAUCGGAUUCGGUCGAAGCUAACAAGAUCCUCACAAUUCUGAGACAGUUGAGCCAAUUCCUACUUGACUCAGGUUAUGCGAGAGAGAUUAAACAGGGAGUGGAACAAGGAACUUUUCGUCGAUUAUUCAUCCACCGCGAUUCAGUACGGGACUGUUAUCUCCCUAUCCGACGGAAUGGGCUACACAGUUUGGUGGAUUUAAGUUUAUUGGAUGUACCGCUGGACACAACUGACCCAAUCGGGAUGACACAGUUCUACUACAGAGACUAUCCCGAACGACAAGAAUAUGUGGCUCAGUUUGUCUUACGACAUGUGAAUCCAGCUUUCAAGUUGCUUGCAGCAAGGGCAUCGAUAGGACUACAGGUGGAUCCUAAGGACUAUGCCGCAAAAAGGAUGGGGCAAAAGGUCUUCGCUGCGAGACUGGCACAUUACAAGACACAAAAUCAACUGGUGUCUAAUACCAUGAAGGACGACAUUCCACCGGUUUUCCGAGCUCAUGUCGCUAAAUUGGGACAACCAAUGGAACAUAUCAGCAUAGCGCAUACAGCUCGCAAGGCGCUGAAGAAAUGUAAGACACGGAUGGAAAAGGGCAACUUGACACAGCGCCACGCAUCCCAAGUAGAAGAAAGGAUUAAUAAGAUCAAAGAUUCUCUGGGAAGCGAUUACGUCGAACCGGUGGACGGAAUCGAAACUUACAUUGAUGAAUUCUUAGUGAAGAAAAGUGACCGUCGCCCAGACCGUGCGCCUAACCAGAUGGGACGACGCGGCAUCCGAAACCAACAGCUGCGGGAUAAUCUCGCCGACGUGCAGCGUCGAUUGGCGGAAGACCCUGAUAACCGAAGACUGCGACUCGAAGAAAAUGACGCACGCCAUCGACUUGAGGCGGUUAAGCGAAGUCGCCAAGGUAAAGGUCGGGGCCAGCGCGAAGUUGACCCGACAAAGGUCAUGGAAGUUGACUCGACGGAACCAGUUGACCGAACUUCCGAUCGAAACCAACCGGAAAGCGCUAAGAAACGCCCGCCGAGAGAUGGCGAGGGCGAUUCAAAUGAAAUGGAAUAGUGUUGAUCUUUAGGAUCACACUAUCGAAGGACGUCUACGGCAUUUUGUCGGUACGUCACAAACAUAAAAAUGGUGUUGUAUAAAGGGCGUGACACGUGACAUGUUAACAUUAAUUGUAUUUGUGUAUUUGUUGUUUGCAGCGUUUAUAGCACAGAAUUGCCUAAAGAAAUCAUGUGGAAUAUCUAUUGGGGUUGAAAUUGAUUCGGUCUAUAAAGCCGGCCCCAAGGGAGUAGUUACGGCAGUUAGCCGGCUCUCCUCUCUAAGCGACUCAGUGUUAUAAAUGCACAAGAGAAACUACGGUAAUCAAGCCGGAUCUCUUGGAUACGAAACGGGGCCAUAAGCGGCGAAAAAGAGAAAGACAACAGGUGGAAUAUUGAUGAGGUUAACUUAAUGCGGCAAUUAGCCGGCCUCAUUAGAGUUGUUACGGUAAACUAUGCCGGCACUCUUUUCAAGCGAUUCAGUGUUAAAAUUAAAACGAGAAAAACUACGGUAAUCAAGCCGGAUUUCUCGUAGUAAUGGAUGUUAGCCACAAGCGGCGAACAAGAGUAAAAGACUUAAGGUGGAAAUUUCAUGGGGUAAAUUCUAUGCGGUAACUAGCCGGCCCCAUCAGAGAUGCUACGGUAAACUUGCCGGCACUCUGGCCGCUCGAGGCAUACUGAAGUUGGAUGUGCGACGGAAAGGUCAAACUGCAAGUUUUAUCAGGGAGGCAAGCGAAGAAGUGCUUGAAAGCCGCAGGAAAUUGGCUAAGUCCCUCCAUGACCUUUAAUGGAAAUUUUGACGAGUGGGAUGACCUUUGGGAUCAUCAAUUGCCCAACAGAGUCACCGGUAAUUGAAUUAAAGUCGCAUGACCUUUGGGACCAUUAACCCAAAAUGAGUCGCACAUCUCAACGGAUCAUCAAAACAAAGGAUGACCUUUACCAGGGAGGAAGCGGACUACGCUUGUCUUCAUUGACGUCCCUCCAUGACCUUUAUGGAUCUCAUUUUGAAGUCGUACAAUUGAUACGCACCAUAUUCCAAAGAUUGAAGCAGUAUUCCUAAGUCGUACUUGAUACGCACCUGAUUCUCAAGCGGAUUGUGAUGAAAAGUCGCAUUAUGGAUGCGCAGGAUUGCUCAACAGAGCGGAAUGGGCCAAAGUGCGGAAAACGGUGGACAGGACCUGUGACCUUUACGAGUCAGAAAUGGAGGAUCCUAGUCUACAUUUUGAUUAAUACUUUUGUUGAUCUGUUUAACUGUUGAUCUGUUUUCUGAUAGUAUUUUUUUAAAUUGAUUGGAUCUCUUUAUUCACAUCGUAUUAAAUGGAAUUGUGCCUUAUGGAAUUGAUGUGAUAUGAUAAACGGAUUAAGAGAAUUUGAUGUUUUUGAGCGCACACAGACACCGGCGACCGUCGUCUUCUCGUGGAUCCGGGAGUGUGCCCAGCCUCACAGGAGCUCGGCAUCCCCCCAGAGGCAUGUGAGACCGGGAUCACUAGCGUUCACGUCAGUGGCGCUACGCCUGUGGCGCUACGCCUUUGGAUUACGUGUCUGUGUUGUGACUCUUUU